AUGGCCGGCCCAGGGACUGGUGUUGCACCAUUUAGGGCUUUUGUCCAGGAACGUGUAGAACAAAAAUUGGCAGGAUCAGAGAUCGGACUGACAAUGCUCUUCUUUGGUUGUCGUAGUCAGAAAGAGGACCUCAUCUAUGAAGAGGAGUGGAAGGAAUACGGGCGACUUCUUGGACCAGUCUUCAGGAUGGUCACUGCAUUUUCCCGCGAAACGAGCGGCAAGAAGGUAUAUGUACAAGAUAAGAUACGCCAGUUCGGUGUGGAUAUCAGUACGCUACUAGCAGAUGGUGCUCACUUCUAUGUCUGCAGAGAUGCUUUGAUAGCGAAGGAAGUCAGUCAUCUCUUGGAGAGCAUACUUGCGGAGCAAAGGUCAAUCCCACUCGCGGAAACAGCUGGUGUUGUCAAACGGAUGAGGACUACUAGCCAGUACCAAGAGGAUGCGUGGUCUUCAAAGAGCGAGAUCGUUCUUAAGCAUGGACACGAAUACGGAUAA